CACGAGCCCACGUCGGGGCGGCACAACGCCGCCUCCAGCACCACCAGCACCACCACUCCCCUCCCCUUCCUCAUCUUCAUCCUGCCCUCCCCCUCCCCACACACACACACACGCAGAACCCUUCCUCGUAGUCGUAAUCAUCAUCUCUCCCUUCCCUACCCCUUGUCUCCCCCCCACCACCACCACCUCUUACUUCACCAAACACCACCGCUAACAUCGUCGUCGUCAUCAUCAUCGUCGUCGUUGUCCACGCUGUUUGUUGUCCGUGCAGAGUCUCUCUCUCUCUCUCACUCUCCAUCCGUGGCUGCUCGGCACAGCAGAGCUCCCCGUGCUCCAGUGCCGAUCUGAGUCGAGGAGGAGGAGGGAGGAAGGGAGAUGGCGCGUCCAGCGUUGCAAGCGCAGCUCAAGGUGGCCGAGAAGUUGAGCAUCCUGAACGACCGCGGAGCGGGAAUGCUGACCCGUCUCUACAACAUCAAGAAGGCCUGUGGUGACCCAAAGGCAAAGCCUACCUACCUGCUCGACAAGAACCUGGAAUCGGCCAUCAAGCACAUCGUCCGCAAGUUUCCCAGCGUGGACACGCGCAGCGGCACACAACAGCUGGCUCCUGUCCAAAACCAAAAGUCAGACAUCCUCAAGAACCUGGCACUUUACUACUUCACAUUUGUGGAUAUCAUGGACUUCAGGGAUCACGUCACUGAGCAGCUGAACACCAUCGAUGCAUCUCAAAUAUAUUUUGACAUUACCGUGAAUUUUGACCUCACAAAGAACUACCUUGACUUGGUCGUGAACUACGUCACCAUUAUGAUCGUGCUGUCUCGAAUCGAGGACCGAAAAGCGAUCAUGGGUCUGUAUAACUAUGCCCACGAGAUGACUCACGGAAGCAGUGACCGAGAGUUUCCCAGGCUGGGCCAGAUGGUGGUGGACUAUGAGAACCCUCUCAAGAAGCUGAUGGAAGAAUUCCAACCUCACACGAAGCUGGUGACCGAUGCCCUGCUGUCGCUGUGCACCGUGUACCCGCGGAGGAACCUGCCCGCGGAUCAGUGGCGUGCCGUGCAGCUGCUGAGCCUCAUCAGCGCGCCGGCCACCAUGAUCAACCCCGCACAGUCCGACACGAUGCCGUGUGAAUACUUAUCCCUUGACAGCAUGGAGAAGUGGAUCGUCUUCGGAUUCCUGCUGUGCCACAGCACCCUCAACACCGACCAGAAUGCUCAGAUGCUGUGGAAGCUGACACUUAGCAGUGGCUUCUGCCUCCGCUUGUUCCGCGAUGAGAUCUUCCACUUCCACAAAGUGACCGAGGAGCUCUUCACCAACAUGAAGGGGUACAACAAACGUGUUGCUGAUAUCCGAGAGUGUAAGGAGCAAGCCCUCUCCCAAGCGGGCCUGAUGCACCGGGAGCGCAGGAAGUUUCUCCGCGCGUCUCUGAAGGAGCUCUGCACAGUGCUGGCUGACCAGCCCGGCCUGCUGGGACCCAAGGCACUGUUUGUCUUCAUGGCGCUCUCCUUUUCCCGGGAUGAGAUCCUGUGGCUGCUGCGGCACGCGGAGAAUUUGCCGAAGACAAAAAACAUCGAGGACUACGUGGACAAGCACCAGGCAGAGCUUAUGUUCUACAUGGAGGAGCUCCGUGCUCUGGUGAGGAAGUACGCCCAGGUGAUUCAGCGCUACCACUUGCAGUACCUGGCCGGCUUUGAUGCCGUGGUACUCAACGAGCUCGUGCAGAACUUGUCGGUGUGCCCCGAAGAUGAGUCUGUCAUCAUGUCAUCAUUUGUCAGCACCAUGACGUCACUCAAUGUCAGACAAGUGGACCAGGGAGAGCCCUUUGAUUUCAGAGGAUUGAGGCUGGAUUGGUUCAGACUUCAGGCCUACACCAGCGUAUCCAAGGCAAGUCUGCAGCUCAAGGACCAUAAGGAUCUUGGCAAGCUUAUGAACACAAUUGCCUUCCACACAAAGAUGGUGGACUCACUCAAUGACCUGAUGGUGGAGACGUCAGACCUGUCCAAUUUCUGCUUUUACAACCGCCCCUUCGAGCGGAUGUUCCAGCAGUGCCUGGAGAUCCCAUCCCAAUCGCGUUUCUCCAUCGCCUUCCCGUUGGCGUGCUCACACUUCAUGAGCUGCACGCACGAGCUGUGCCCGGAGGAGCGACAUCACAUCGGAGACCGCAGCCUCUCCAUCUGCAAUGUGUUCCUGGAAGAGAUGGCCAAGCAGGCAAGGAACCUCAUCACGGACAUCUGUGCUGAGCAGUGCGCCCUGAGCAACCAGCUGCUGCCAAAGCAUUCGGCCAAGACCAUUAGCCAGGCUGUGACCAAGAAAGCCAAGAAGCAGGCGGCCAAGAAGAACGAGCCGGAGAAGGAGAAGCCAGGGGUGGAAAGCAUGCGCAAGGACCGCCUCAUCAUCACCAGCAUGGACAAGCUGCACACAGCCUUGGCUGAACUGUGCGUCGCCAUCAACUACGUGCCGACCUUUCAGAUAUGGGAGCACACCUUCACGCCCAAGGAGUACCUCACCAGCCACUUGGAAGCCCGCUUCACCAAGUCCAUUGUGGGAAUGACCAUGUACAACCAGACGACACAGGACAUUAACAAGCCCUCAGAGCUCCUGAACAGUGUCAAGGCCUACAUGUCUGUGCUGCAGGGGCUAGAGGACUUUGUUCACAUUGAUAUCACUCGGGUCUUCAACAAUGUGCUCCUGCAGCAGACUCAGCCUAUGGACAGCCACGGAGAGCCCACCAUCACCUCUCUCUAUAGCAACUGGUACCUGGAGGCCCUGCUGAGGCAGGCCAGCAACGGUCUCAUCGCAUUCUCGCCUUCAAUGAAGUCGUUCAUCAACCUGCCCUCUGAGAACCACGACCUUCCCUUCAAUGCAGAAGAGUAUACUGACAUCACAGAGAUGCGUGCCUUGGCUGACCUGAUGGGACCCUAUGGCAUCAAGUUCCUGAAUGAGAACCUGAUGUGGCACAUCUCUUCCCAGGUCACUGAACUCAAGAAACUUGUGACGGAGAACAUGGAAGUGCUCUCUCAGAUGCGGACGAGCUUCGACAAGCCCGAGCAGAUGGCAUUGCUUUUCCGUCGGCUGACUUCUGUGGACAGCCUCCUCAAGCGGAUGACCAUUAUUGGGAUGAUUCUUUCUUUUCGUGCCCUGGCACAGGAGGCUCUGAAUGAUGUGUUGUCCAAUCAUAUUCCAUUUCUUUUGGGCUCCAUAAAGGACUUUAAGGACCACAUUCCUCGAGAGACGGACAUCAAGGUGGCCAUGAGUGUGUACGAGCUGUCGUCGGCAGCGGGCCUUGUGUGCGAGGUCGACCCAGCUCUGGUCAUGGCGCUCUCCUCGCAGAAGGGAGAAACGUCUCCAGAGGACGAUUAUAAGAUCGCUUGCCUCCUCAUGGUCUUUGUGGCGGUAUCUCUGCCAGCACUCGCUGGGGUCCAAACGUCCCAGUACAGCCCAUGGUUGGAAGGUCACUUAAACAACAUCCACUGCCUGGCUACGGCUAUCAAUCAGCUGGCUGCCGCACUAUUCACUAUUCACAAGGGCAGCGUGGAGGAGCGACUCAAAGAAUUUCUGGCGCUUGCAUCGUCCAGCCUGCUGAAGAUUGGCCAGGAGACUGACAAGUUGACGACACGGAACAGGGAGUCCGUGUACCUGCUGUUAGACAUGAUCGUGCAGGAGUCUCCGUUCCUCACCAUGGAUCUGCUGGAGUCCUGCUUCCCUUACGUGCUGCUGCGGAACGCGUACCACGCGGUGUACAAGCAGGGAGUCGCCACAUCCACCUAGAUAUGCGCCCCCCCCUCGCACAGCGGCGCACGCGUUGCUUUAAAUUAAAACGAUGCUUGUUCUUCGAAGGGGUUGUUGUUUUUUUUGCAUGGAGCUCAUCUACUUUUCUCACUGCCAAAUACUCCCCGCGAGAUGAGAAGUGUCGUGUGUUGCAUAUAUAGAAGGUUUCGUUAGGCUGUUGUGCUUGUUAUAAAAGGUAGGCCGAUACAUUCCCAUGGUGCUUUUGCGAAGAGGGGUAACAAUUUUAAGUAUUCAUGACAUUGGAAUUUAAGUGGAUUUUUUUUUUAAUCUUUGAAAAUAGAACUCACGUGUAGAUAUGUGGGUAAUUUUUUGCUGAUGUGGUGUGGUAAAUUUGUAUACAUGCCUUCCACUGUGUGCAUCAAGUGAUCAGUUUCUAUGUACUCAUUGAGGCAUGUGCCAUACGUGUGCCGAGUGAGAGCACCUUUACGCAGCUGUGGAAAACCUUGCCCUAAACGACGUGACGCGUGUGUUGUUCACUAUCCACUCACACAGCCCUUGUGCUGCACUUGGUUGGAAGUUAUCUACCAUAAUUAAGAUUACAAACAGGAAUUCCCGCACAUUUUAAGGCUAUCGUGUAGCUUGCGAACAAUGCCUGAAACCUGGUCGGUCGGUAACCAGUCGAGCAAUCUUUAAGUAGUUUUUGGACCAUAAUCAGCAACAUUUUAUUAUUAUUGCAUCACACUUGUGACUUAAAGUGAUGAGCCGUGUGGCCAUAACCGCAGUAUUAAAUGUGCCAAUUGGAGAUUAUUUUCAGAGACCAAACCUGUUUGACAUUAAUUGUUCACAUGGUUAUGCCAAGACAAAAAAAACAUCUUUCCAGAGUCUUUCAAGAGCUCUUUAAAAACUCAUCAUUUUACUCUAUCCCUGUUAUGAGUGAUAAUAGAGCCUCAUACAAAGCACAUGUUUGUAAGCCUAUAUUGUAUUUUUUUUUAACACCAAUGUUUUAUAUUAACACAGUACUAAUUUUAUAUGCAAACAUUUAUCCUGCAUGAUGCAGUAUUAUCAUGUUAUGUACAUAUAUACAGCGUAUUCAUUUUUUGUUCUAUAAGAAGCACCUAGAUCAAAAGUAAUUCUAAAGUAUAUAUAUACAAUAUAUUACGAAUUCUUGUGUGCAGAUUCCAACAGUAAUUGUACCCUCCCCCGCCCCCCCCCCCCCCCCCCGUUAAAAUAUUAUGUAAUUUUAAUAUCAAAAACUGUUAAAACAAUUUGAAGGGUUGGUUUUAAACUUUUAAUAAAAUGGUUAUUUUUCUUUCUUCUCAUGCUCAAUGAAACUAGUCUUAACAUAACAAGUUCUUGAAACGUGUGUGUAUGGCAUGUCAAAUCCAACCCGAUUUUCCCAGAAAUUUUCGAAAGAGGCUUAGUCUGUGUUGAGCAGAAUUCGGUAUUGUGAGAGAAGAGAAGGCCGCUCUUUUAAGAUUUUAACAUUUUAUGCAUUGUGUUUUAUAUGAUGUCCUCUAUGCCACAUUUCCAUGACUGACAUCUGCAGUGACUAACUAAACAUGUUGGGCAUUUUCAAUAAAAUAUUUUAACAUGUAAAAUGUUGUCAAGUUCUAACACUUCAAGUGU